UUCAUAGCCAUUAAAGGUCUGCUUGAGUGAGACUAUUUGAUUUUUUGAGCGGCUUUCUCAAAUAAUCGGUUAUGUUUAUCGGCAAGAAAACAAAAAUGAUUUCUUGACUUCUUAUAGUCUCUCUCUAUCAGAAAGUUAUUGACCUUGAGUGUUUGGACCCAUGGUUUUAUGUUUGCCAUAACAUUUCAAUUUCCUCACGUAUGCAUUCAAACUGUUAUAAGAAUGCACAAACUUUUGUAUUUUGUUGAUAAUGUUUUUGAAAAUUUGUCUUUUUCGAUAUUGUAGCCUCUGUUGAAGAAUAUCAGCUGUAAAGGACAUAAUAUUUCUAUAGUAACAGAUUGACUAUAACAAAUGCAAAUCUCUUUUUUUAAUUUUUUUUAGGCAAGUUGAACUCUUGAAAUUGGACUCAGAGACUGCAUAAAUGUUGUACCUGAAACUGAAAUGGUCCAGGUUGUGAAAAUCAGAAGAUGUGAUUAGAAUGAUAAGGAAAUCCAUAGUCAAUAGUUGAAAAGGGUUCUGAAAUUCUUGUUUGCUGGAGUGAAAUUUACGAAUUCCAAUUUUGCAUCAGUUUCCAAACAUCUAAGGGUGAAGUUUUCAUUGUCAUAGAAGAGCAUCUGCCACCUUUAAAUAUGCUUCCUAAAGAUAGUGUGCACAAACAUAUAGUCAAAAGAUUAACAAAUUAUGUUCCAUCUUUUACAGACCUUUUUGAUGAAGAAUCUUUUUACAUCUUUGCGUUUUGUUUUGUAAUUGGCACAAUAGCCUGUGUAAUAAUUGCAUCAAGAUAUGUGAAGUUAGAUGAUGUAUCACAUGUUAAAACUGAUUGAUCAGGGUUAGGUAACUUUGCCCACAUGUAUGCCAUAUGGUGGUUGGCACACUUUCCUUAAUCCAAUACAUGUAUAUGACUAUCCAAAAUUUGUCUAACCUUACAUUGUU